UGCCGAUUUAAAUGCAAUUAGCUCAUAUCGGCCGAUAAUAUCGGCCGGCCGAUAUAUCGGUCGGGCUCUAGUUACAAUAUCCAUCUUAUUAGUUUUUGUUAAUAAAAUUCAAAUGUUUAAAUGGCAAUGUGAAUUUGUACCAUUGUACUUUUUAUGGCUUGUGUUUUAAUUAAUAGACUAAUAAUGGACCACAUACUACUAUAGUUUUAAAGAAAAGGGAAACCCAAAUACUUUUUUUGUGUGUUACAAUGCAAAUAAAACAUUUUCCUUAUAUUGUUAAUAAAAGUUCAAAGUUUAAUAAAAGAGAAUUUGUUAUCGUACUGUUUUAGCAUGCUUUGUUAUUAAAUAUAAUGGGCUAAUAAUGAGCCACAAACUAAGGUUUCAUUUGAAGUAAGAGGAAAAUGUAGAUUCAUUAUGCAUAUUUUUAUUAGAUUAGACUAGAUUCAACUUUAUUGUCAUUGCACGUGGGUACAAGGCAAUGAAGUACAGUAGUACAGGGGAAAAGUGAUACAUCAUAACAGAAAAGAGAGGAGAAUAAAAACAAUACCCACACUAUGCUCCUUUGGGAGCAGUGUGAGAACAGGUAAAACACCGCAGCACAAAAGCACAUAAUCAAUACACCUUAAACACACAAUUUUACAACUGGAGACGGAAAUUGGGGGGUCGAGGUAAUCCAGCACAGGCAAUCAACCAUUUGCCAUUACAGCGCUGGUCAAAGACCCGCUUCUUACUGUGCGUUCACACCGCCGCCGUCGAGAGCGUCAAAAAUCGCUCUGGACGCGCUGCCAACAACGCUGUAGAAAGAUUUGUGGACGCUCUGACGUAGUUCGAAUGAUUAUCUUGUAUUUAAAGGGGCCGCAAAGCAAACAAGCUUGUUGAUCUUAUAUGACUGACCACAAGGUGGGUAACCUUAUAAGUUAACCUCAUUAAAUAUUUUAAAUGUAAAAGUAAGAAAUUGAUCGGCGGAAAUACCUUUAUUGUAGUUAUGUUUGCUAACGAAAUAAACCAAUUAAAAGCCAUUUGUGUGGUGUGGCUUUUGUGUUCAUGGUAGUCUUAUUUCAACAUUAUAGGAGACAUUUACUAGCCUUGGUCUUUAUUUAACUUUACCAUUAAUCUGUGUGCAACCUACAUUUCAAACUCUCCUGGUUGAAGUGUAGCUUUAAUGCAGUUGGUCAAAUCGGUGUUAUUUUGAGCAAAUGAAUUGCAUUCCCGCUGAAAAUCAAGCGUUCUAGCGGGAAAAUGUUGCCUAUAAAUAGUGUUGUGCGCCUUAUUAAAUUCACAUCACGAUGGAGGAUCAAGUUGUUGCGUUUGGCGUGGGAUUGCUCUGCCUGCGGAGAAGACGUCGGAGAUCGGUGUGGGUGCAUGACAUUCUCCAAGCCCGUCAGCAGCUUGGAGAAUAUCACCGGCUGGUGCAGGAGCUGCGGCUGGACGACGGCAGGUUCCAGCGAUAUUUCAGGCUGGAUAGGGACCAGUUUGACAACCUGCUGUCAAAAGUGGGGCCGCGAAUUGCGAGGCAGGACACCAGUUAUCGGCACGCAAUUGAGCCGGCUGAGCGCCUCGCAAUUUGUCUACGAUUCUUGGCCACUGGAGACUCCUACCGCACCAUAGCUUUCAGCUAUCGUGUGGGAGUGAGCACCGUAGCAGGGAUUGUUGGAGCGGUCGCCAGGGCAAUAUGGGAUGCCUUGGUGCAGGAGGUCAUGCCAGUCCCCACCACUGAGGACUGGCGAAGCAUCGCCACUGACUUCCUCCAUCGGUGGAACUUCCCCAACUGUCUUGGGUCCAUCGAUGGAAAACAUGUUGUGAUCAAGGCCCCUGACAACUCAGGGUCCCUGUUCUUCAACUACAAGGGGACUUACUCAGUUGUGCUCCUGGCAGUGGUAGAUGCCCAGUACUGCUUCCGGGUAGUCGAUGUGGGCAGCUACGGGAGGACAAGUGAUGGCGGUGCGCUGGCUAACUCCACUUUCGGCCAGGCACUACGAGAUAGGACCCUUGGCCUGCCACAGGAUGCUCUGCUGCCAAGUGCAGAGCAUUUGGGACCCCAGCCACACGUGUUUGUGGCUGAUGAAGCCUUUCCACUCCGGCGAGACCUCAUGCGGCCUUUCCCAGGACACAAUCUCUCCAGCAGGCAAAGAAUAUUCAAUUACAGGCUGUCACGGGCAAGGCUGAUUGUUGAGAACACCUUUGGUAUUCUCACAGCUCAGUGGCGUAUGUACAGAGGAGUCAUUGAGAUCAGCCCUGCCAACGUGGAUGCCUGUGUGAAGGCUACCUGUGUCCUGCACAACUUCCUGAGAAGGUCCACAAACAGCACCAGUACGUCCAUACCAUCAGCUGGAGACGGAGAAGCUGCUGGUCUACAGGAGGUCACCCGAGUGGGCAGCAACAACCCCACACGGGAGGCUAUCCGUGUCCGGGAGAAAUUGAUGACCUAUUUCUCCACAGAGGGAGCUGUCCCCUGGCAACCUGUGGCAUAAGCCUUUGCUUUUAACGGCUCUUUUAAGAGCCACAAAUUAGUCAAAAAAAAGCAUGAUUUCCAUAAAUAUAAUAUGACAACACCCGCUCUCCCCUGGUGAAAAAAAUUACACUUCCAUAAUGUACUUAAAGUGCUCUACUUUCAUGCACUAAUUUUGUACUUAAUAUACUACAAAUUCGUCUUUAGUAGUUCUUAAGGACAUCCAAGUGUACUUAACUAUGCUAUUUGUGAGACACCUUGAAUAUGAACUAAAAUGUGCUGAAAAUGUAUUUAGAAAAUGUGUUUAGGUACCACUUGAAACUCUUUCAUACAAAGUGGUAACUAAAUAUAUUUUUUAAUAAAAAGACAGAACGUAAAAAGCACAUUUUAGUUCAUAUUAUUUUUAUUAAAAAUAAUAAAAUAUUCUUUAAAAAAAAACUUCAGCAGUAUCCAUUCAAGUUUCUGCAUUUUUUAUUUUUGGAGCAAAUACUUAUAUGCAGAACAGUUUAGAACAUUGUUAUAGCAAAUACUUUUAUACUGAACAUUUUUGAACACUGUUGGAGCAAAUAUUUUUAUACUAAACAUUUUCUAACACUAAUGGAACAAAACGUUUCAUAGAAGGCUUACUGUGUAUGAGGGAGAAAGCACAAGGUGCAGCUGACAAGACUGCGAGGGAAAUAAGCUUACUAACACCCCUCACAGUCUUGUCAGCUGCCCCCCGCUACUCUCUCCCCAGUGUUCAGUGAGUCCAGCCUCCAGACAUUUUGCAUCAUAAACCAGCUUAUGAAUUUGGAACUUUAAAUCCUGCCUGGUCCUCAAUGACAGGGUCCUGAAGUCCUCCAGGAGGCUUUUAAAAAAUAAACUGUCACUGUCCUCCUGAGGAGUGCUAGCUCUCCUACUCACAGACUCCAAAGCUGUUAGCAUCCUCUCCUCAAACUCUGUGCUGCUGUGUGCUCUCUUUCUCCUGUUUGAGUGCCCUGUCUGUCCCUGAACACUGGACUGGCUCGGGCUUGAUGGUCCUUCCUGAACCUCAACGCUGAACUGGCUCGGGCUCUCACUCAGCUGGUUUGCCUCACACUGCUGACUGUGUGUGUAUGUUGUCUGUGCUGACUGACUGUGCCCGGCCAUGGCAUCUUCUCUCUCCUCUGGGGUCAGGGCUUCCCCAACCCCCCCUACCAUAUUACUGGCAGUUAUUCUGUCUUCUAGGAAGGGGUUGAGGAAACCCAUAACCCCACUGUAGCGCCAUGGCCGGACACUGCUCGCCCCUGCUCCACUCCUCUUCCUCUCUGACUCCUUCCUUCUCUCUCUUCUAUAGGUGUCUCUAAGAGACUUCCACCUUUUUCUACACUCAUCCGCUAGUGAGAAGACAGUAGAAAACACAUUCAAUAUAAACACCUCAUUACCCACAAUUCAGAAUAAUUCCUUUGGAUGCUAUGUCUGAAAUGGCACAGCUGUAUGUGACACUGACUGUAUAUAUAUUUAAGUCUAAUGACAUUUAUCAUUAUUUUUUCCAGCUAAGCAAUUUGUUGACAAUACCAAAGGGGAGACCAGUUAUAGAACACUUGUUUUUCCUUGUAGAAAAUAAAUAAAUAAAUAAAAAAUAGGCAGAAGUGACUGCUUUCAUUUUAAAAUAUGCAGCAGCUCUCUACAACACCUAUUUUUCGUUUAAUCAAUAUGUGUCGACAUGUCAGAAAUAUUCUGCAGCAGUAACACUGUUUUGCAAGCUCUGGCGCUAAAGUUAGCAUGGAAUUCCCGCUUCUUUUUUUUUGUUUUUCAGAAAAUAUAUAAUGCACAUCAUCAACUCACCAGGAACACCAACAAUCUCAGACACCUUGGUCCACGCAUCAUUUUUUUUAUUUAUGUCCCUGUACGCAAACAGGGACACAUCGUAGAUUAUUGGGAAACCCGCAACAGCAAUGAUCAAUCUCUCCUCCAUUUUGCUUGGGAAUUAAUGUGGUCGGAACCAAAGUUUACAGGACUGCGUUCUCUGGAAUCCUCUCAAGCGGUGGACUUCUACGUUCUGAUUGGUUGCUGCCCAACCGCGUCAUAGAUCAUUACCAUAAAGUUGCCCUGAUUUCAACUCUCCUCGACGCUCUCAACGGCCAAGUCGCGCCGCGCCGCUCCUCGCCGCUGCUCGACGCCGGCUCACAUUGAAAAUGAAUGACUUCCGGCCACUUUGACGCUCUCGACGCUGGCGGUGUGAACGCACACUUAGACUGGCGGUACAAAGCGGCGAAAGCGAGGGAUGGGGGGUGGGGGGAGAAUGCAUAUCUGUAUGUACGUGUGUGUGUGUAUUAGGGUUUGCGCCGACAAUUCGAUUAGUCCACUAGUUGACUUCAAUAGUCUGUCAUAACGCUUUAAACUUGACGUCGACUAGUCGCCGGUCCUAUAGAGGGCGCAACAGGAUAAAUCUUCUAAGGACUUCCACAUUUAUGCUCCAUUUCCAAACAGUUAAAAUAACAAAUACAUACAUACUAUGAAAGCACUCCACAUGCAUGUUUGAUUAUAUUACUGGACACUGGAAAUUGAACGGGAGAACGCACAUUCUAAACCGCUUAUCAUAAAGGUAAGUUAAUUGCUGUUCUAAUCGAAUAUGCUCACACAUAGGCUACAGACAGUAGCUCAUACGUCAUGCACAGAUCGCUCGCGCACAUAAUCAUUCAGUGUGGAAAUGUACUGUAAACACUGUUCUAUGAUUGCUCAAUAAAAUAGCUUAGACACUGAAAAGUUCUGAAUUUAUGUCUUAAUAACUAAAUCCCACAGCUUCACUAGUAGAGAGACGCUGCCAGGUAGAAUGAAUUCACACACACAAUUGCUCUUACUAAUGCAUUCAUAUGAAUGUAAUCUUUACUGUGCUACUUUAUCUGUAUCGGAUUUAGAACGAAUAGAAAUCUGUGAGAAAUAUAACCACUCAAAAGACAAAUGAACUGAUAAAAAUGAGCUGUUAUAAGAGAAAUAACCAUGUAUGCAGCACUGUGUCAAAUACCAUAGCUGUGUAAAGAUAAUUUUUACAGCUCCAAACUUAUCUCAUCAGCGACUAGUCGACUUCGACUUGACUUUCAUCACCUAAAAGUUGAUUUAAAAAAAAAUCACUAGUCGUUAACAACCCCUAGUGUAAAAUCACCUUUAUCUAUAUAGCGCUUUAAACAAAAUACAUUGUGUCAAAGCAACUGAACAACAUUCAGUGUUGUACUGUUAUGUACUGUUGUACUGUUACUUCCUUGUAUUGUUGCUUCCUCUACAGUCAAAAAUCUGGGUGUUAUAUUAGGCAGCAACUUGUCUUUUGAAAAUCAUAUUUCCCAUGUUAUAAAAACAGCAUUCUUACAUCUUAGAAAC